CGUUUUUGAUUAUAUAAUUAAUUAUAUAUAAAAUUCAUUAAGGGUAUUAUAGAUAUUAACCGGCCUAACUUUUAAUGUGAGAGCUCCGUUGCAAAAAAUUACUUCGCAAAUAAUAGUAUAGAUUGAAAACACCACAGGGUUUUUAUAUUUUAUCUAGGACCUCUAAAAGUCUACGCAUAAACCAUAUUAUAAUGAUGUUAAUGAGAGACGAGAAGCAAAUCUCAAAGGUCCAAGAGACUUCUUAUUUUUCUAUAGAAAUAGAAGAGCAAUUGGUGAGUUAUGAAGAUAUUAGAACCAAAUAAAUAUUAUCAGCUUUAUAAUUGACUUAUCAUCACUACUUUAUAUGUUGGCUAACAAAAGCAUUAACUGAUUCUAAACUCAAAUAAUUUUGAAACCCCACAACUAGAAACUACAUUUUCUCUCUCUGAUGUAAGCACAAAACACUGAUCCAGAACUUGAUUUAUCCACAAUAUACAUAUUAUAUACCCCAGUCGUCACAAUCAUCAUAAUGCAUGUGCAUGAUAUAGAAACCUUUUGCAGUUCAAUCAUGGAUGAACAUCAUGAUCAACUAGAUGGCCAUGGUACUCUCUCAUAUACUUACAUGCACCGGAAACAACUUGCCAUUUGGUUAUUACACUAAAUAAUAAUCCUACCAUGGUCGAGGUACCACUUCCUUGUAUUAUAAACACAUCCAAAGUUAUGCUUAUGUUUGUUGAUGAAUUAUGACAUCCUGAAUGCAUGCCUGUAAUGGGUUGAUAAAUUAUGACAUCCUGAAUGCAUGCCUGUAAUGGUUAUGUUUGUAUCAGUAUUUUAACAUUUUACCAAAAAAAAAAAAAAAAAUGUUUGUAUCAGUAUAAGGUAUAAUUUCUCUAGUAUCAGUCUCAUUCAUCGAGCCAUCAAACGAUUCAAUAUUUCAAUGGGACAACCUUAUUAGUCAUUUUAAACAAACAAAAAAUAAAAAUGUAUUUGUAGAUUUAUGGCGACCUAUAAUUUAAAAAUAAAAUAAAAAUAACUAGCCCUCUCAAUAAUUUAAGGAAAACAAAAAACAUGCCAAUGGGUCAUAUAGAAGACAUAUAUAAAGCCACCAAUUUGCAAAAAAGUUUGGUCCACUUUUAUGGCUUUCUCAGCUGUAUAAACACCCCCUUGUCAUCCAACCUCCACCAUUAUCUCACCCUCUUUGAGCUCUAGAAAAAGAAAUUGACCAUGCAGCCACAUUAUGAUAGCUCAAGUCUUAACAACAUGCAACAACAAGACUACUUCCACUUAAACCAUUACUACAACAACUUAAACCCUUCCAACAACAAUCUCAAUCUUAUCCCAUACCCUCAAUUUCAAGAACUUAAACUACAAUCUCCUGCAAGCAACAACUCUACCACGUCCGAUGAAGCAACUGAAAAUAUAUUCGUCAUCAACGAGAGAAAGCAAAGACGUAUGGUAUCUAACAGAGAAUCAGCAAGAAGGUCAAGAAUGAGAAAGCAAAGACACUUAGAUGAGCUUCUCUCGCAGGUUGCUUGGCUUAGAAGUGAGAACCACCAGCUAUUGGAGAAGCUUAACCAAGCCUCGAAUAGCAAUGAUCUUGUUCUGCAAGAGAACUUGAGUCUUAAAGAGAAAAACUUGGCGCUUCAUCAAGUUAUCACAUCCAUGAAGAAGGUUAAAGGAGCAGGAGAAAGCAGAAGCAUCAGUGGCAGAUACUCUUCUUCUUCCUUGGAUCAAGAUUUCUCUUCUAUUACAGAUGGAACUCAUCAGCCAUCAUGAGUUGUUUAUUCUGAUCCAACUUUUUUAAUUCUGCCUCUAGUCGAUAUCUGUUUUCUUUGUUAUCCGUCAAAUUACGGCCCAUAUAUAUCUUUUCAGCCGUAAGCAAAAGCGGACUUUUAUGUAUCGUUUCUCUGGGCUAGACUUAGGUCUAGCACCGUAUCAAACACUAUUUUUCUACA